AUGUAUAGUAAUGGUAUUUCUAUUAACAAAAACCAGAUUGAUAAUGAAAUUAAAGUCAAACUCACAGAACAAACUAAUUUGAUGCAAAUAAAUAAGAAAAUAAUUGAUCAAUAUGAAGGAGAAUGUCGAUACUAUGCAUUAUGUUUAAUAGUAAAUUCUGAAAAGGAAAUUUGGAUGAGUUAUAGAAAUAAUCCUAGUAAAGAUUAUUAUACGUAUUAUCAAGUAGCAGAAGGUGGUUUAGAACCAUAUGAAUCAUUCAUUGAUUAUCGUAAAAUCAUGUUUAAAACUGUGAUCUAUUUAACUAUUACUGAUAAAAUUCUACAACUAACAGAAUCUGACAAGAAUUCUGCAUGGGAGGCAUAUACUAUCAAUGAGUUUAAAAAUCUCAAAGUUACUGAUUCUUUGAGACUCAAAGAAUCAGUAAUAAUUGAGGCUAUCAAUUCAAAAUUCAGAAAUCGUAAAAAACAUAAGAGUGAGAUUAAUCAUGAAUCUCAAAAACAAGUUAAAAUAGAUCCUGAGAAACUCAAUGAACCUGAAUCUACUACAUCAUCACUAUCUCCAUCUUAA